UUGUACUGUGGAACCACGUAUCAACAAUUCAUAUAACAGAACAUUAGAUAGUGAUACCUCACCUAUCAUUUGAAACAAAAGAGCUAUUCGGUUUUUUCAUCGCCCUGUAAAAUUUGGUUUUUGUGGGUUACGAGGUAUUACUGUUGCAACAGCGAUAUAGGGAAAAGUUAAGCAGAAUGGCGCAUGCUUGUUGUCGAAUCUUCAUAAAUGAAGCAAAUGAAGUGUUAAUGUCAAAAGUAACCCUGCAUUUAAAGUUGAACAUUUUAUCGUUGAUGGCAAAAAAAUAUUGUGAUUAUCAAGACUGUAGAAAUGUUCGCUACACUUAUGGUAGUAUUACAUUUUUCACUUUACCCAAUGAUGAAAGAAGAAGUGUGUGGAUUGAGAAUUCUGGAAAUGCUGCACUAAAGUUUCUUCCUAACAAAUCAGUUCGAUUUAUUUGCGAAGAACAUUUUGAAAACAAAUUUUUAAUGCGCCAAUUUUCACGCACCACUUUAAGUAAAAACGCUGUUCCAAUUAGAUACAGAACAACUUAUGAAGAACAUACGAAAUCUGAUUAUUUUAAAACUGGUUUACAUAAAUUAAAAAGACACGAAAAACAAGCAUGCAAUAAAUUUAAUACAUCAAAUUAUCAUGAAUCAUUUCAAGCAAGCAAUCAGGAAUCAUUUCAAUUGAAUGAUCAGGAACCAUUUCAAUCAAAUGCUUUCGAGAUUCAAACUUUAAAUUCGACUUCAGCUUCAAAUUUCAAAAACACUGCGGAUGAUUUUGUAAAUUAUAAUAUAGAUUAUUUUAACGAAAAUAGUAGUGAGUCUUUCAUUAACUUAGAAAGAACAAAUUCUGAAACAAGUCUUAAUGGAGAUUUGUAUUCUGCAGUAUUCACUGAGAGAAACUUAAAUGGUGUCAAAAUAUGUGAAGGUAUUUCUUCAAAAGACUUUAUAUAUACAAAAAAGAAGAGAGAGAUUUAUUCAAGUGAUUCAUUCCCUUUAAAUAUAAAAACUAUUGAACCAUCUGUUACAAAAAUCAAAUUAAUUCCAGCUUAUGAAAAUCUAAAACAUCUUUCCGUCAUCAAAAUAUUGCCGCUUUCUGCGAACGGUUUCUUAAAUUCUAUAAGAAAUAUCAAAAGGAAAACAAAAUCCAAAAUUCAUAUCAAAGAUAAGAACAAUUGUAACGAUAGUUGUAAAAACGGAAAUAAUUUACCAAUUUUGAAAAAUUGUAAGAAAAUAGAUACAGUCAAUGACCAGCAAAGUACUAUUUCGCAUAUGAAAGAAAAGUAUGAAGAAGACAAAUAUUUCGCUUUGUCGCUGGUGGGGAGUUUUCAAAGGUUACCAUUGCAAAAAAGAAUGGUGGCAAAAGUUAAAAUUUUGCAAUAUUUAAUGAAUUUAGAAUUCAAUGAUGAUGAUUCUAUAAACAUAUAAUAAUGUCAAAUAAAAAUUAUCAGUAUCUUACAAUAAAUUUUGAAAGUAAAUUUACUAUA